AUUUUCCACAUGGGAUUAGUGCUUCCAAUAUCCCCAAAGUGGCCUUUUUCAUCUUUGUUUUAUGCCCCUGGGCCAUGUUUUCCUUACAAUAGACACACCCACAAUGGCCUGCAGACUGGGUGUCCCUUCCUGCUGAGGCUCCGCCUGGAAGGCACCGCCCUCCGGAACAGCCCUUAUCUAGGCUGUCUGCCUGAGCACUCAGCCCCUUGCCCUGGAGGACCCGCAGCCACUGGACUAGCAAGAUGGUUCAUGCUAAGAGAUGGGUCCUGAAGAAGCACUUUGAAGGUUACCCUGCUCAAAGUAACUUUGAAUUGAAGACAGUUGAACUCCCACCCUUAAAACAUGGAGAGGUCCUGCUGGAAGCUUUGUUCCUCACUGUGGAUCCGUACAUGAGAGUGGCGGCCAAAACAUUGAAGGAGGGAGAUACAAUGAUGGGACAACAAGUGGCCAGAGUUGUGGAGAGCAAGAACUCAGCCUUCCCAACAGGAACCAUUGUGGUGGCUUCUCCAGGCUGGACUACACACUCCGUUUCUGACGGGAAAGAACUGGAGAAGCUGCCUGCAGAGUGGCCAGACAAGCUGCCUCUGUCCUUGGCCCUGGGAACCGUGGGCAUGACAGGCCUGACAGCCUACUUUGGCCUGCUUGACAUCUGUGGCGUGAAAGGCGGAGAAAUAGUGCUGGUGAAUGCAGCUGCAGGAGCCGUGGGCUCCAUCGUGGGGCAGAUAGCUAAGCUCAAGGGCUGCAAAGUUGUUGGGUCCGCAGGCUCUGAUGAUAAGGUGGCCUAUCUCCAGAAGCUGGGAUUCGAUGUUGCCUUCAACUAUAAGACUGUAAAGUCUUUGGAAGACACUUUGAAAAAAGCGUCUCCUGAUGGCUAUGAUUGCUAUUUUGAUAAUGUAGGUGGAGAGUUUUCAAACACUGUCAUCCCCCAGAUGAAGAAAUUUGGAAGAGUUGCUAUAUGUGGGGCCAUCUCUACCUACAACAGUACUCGUCCACUUCCCCCAGCCCCGCCCCCCGAGAUCAUUAUCUACCAGCAACUCCGCAUGGAAGGCUUCAUUGUCACCCGCUGGCAGGGAGACGUCCGCCAGAGAGCCCUGGGAGACUUGCUGGCCUGGGUCUCAGAGGCUAAAAUCCAGUACCGUGAGGAUGUGACUGAAGGAUUUGAAAACAUGCCGGCUGCGUUCAUGGGGAUGCUGAAAGGAGAUAAUGUAGGGAAAACGAUCGUGAAGGCUUGAACAAAAGCCGCCCUGAAUCCAGAGGUCACUCGGGUGACUGUUUCAUUCAGCCGCUGGUAGCAGGUGUGCUGCUGAGCCCCGAGCUGAGGCCCGAGGGCUCUGGCUCCACCCAGCAACACACGGACCAGAGUGACCCUUUGCUCCACACCCCUCCACUGAAUUCUGACUCCUGCAUCUCUCAUAUGUAACAAAUAAAUCUGAGAUAAACACAGCCAAGGAGGUAAAAGGCAA